CUCCUUUCCUCUCUUCCUCCUCGCUCGCUCGCCCGCUUGCCCUAAUUCCGCAUCUCCGCCGGCGCGGUGCGGCGGCGGCGCCUUCUUACCCGCGCUUGGAUUGCUUGCUACCGUGAGGGUGAGGCGUACCGAUGGACUGAAUCAAUUGCGUCUGCAGGUACCGAGAGCAAUGGGGAGGUACAGCCCCGCUUUCCAUAGCCCCCCUAGGAGAGGACAUGGCGGCAGGGGAAGAAGCCCACCGAGGAGAGGAUAUGGUGGCGGCGGCGGCGGCCGCGGAGGACGCGGUGACCAAGGCUCUGUAAGUCUCCUGGUCCGUAACAUUCCGCUCAGAUGCAGGCCUGAAGAUCUCCGUGCCCCUUUUGAAAGGUUCGGUCCUGUUCGGGAUGUUUACCUGCCAAGGGACUAUCACACUGGGGAGCCAAGAGGGUUUGGAUUUGUGGAGUUUGUUGAUGCUUAUGAUGCUUCUGAGGCGCAAUAUCACAUGAACCGUCAGAUGUUUGCUGGACGAGAGAUCACUGUUGUUCUUGCUGCGGAUACACGGAAAAGGCCUGAGGAAAUGCGUAGACGAACAAAACCAAGAGGUUAUUCUGAUCAUGAGGGGCGUCGUUCUUCUCGCCAUGGACGGUCUCGUUCUCGUUCCUACUCACGUUCCCGCUCCCCACGCCCUCGUGGCCGUGCUAGAUCCCGGUCAUACUCUCCUGCCCCUAAAAGGCGGGAUGACUACUCUGCUUCCCCACGGGCAAAGGAAGAGCACCGGAGAUCACCAAGGCAGACUAAAGAACACGAUGGGGAUAAGAAGCGGAGAUCCUAUACUCCUGAUGAUAGAAGUGAUCGCCGUGGUGGAGACAAUGGUCAUGCUGAGAGGUCACCGGCAGCUGAGGACGAGGAACCUCGGCGGCGCCGCAGAGCAUCGACUGAGUCACCUCCAGGGUCGCGGUCAAGAUCGGCAUCUCCUACCCACAGCAGCCGAUGAUCCGAUAAGGGAACCGUGUCUGUGAUAUACACGCUUCAUAUUGUGGUGGUUGAUGUGCUCAGUUUGUAGCCCUUUAUUUUUCCCCCCUCUAGUUGUUUUGUGCUGUGUGAUGGAUGGUUGAUUGAGGUUAGAUUGCUAGUAAGAUGAGUGAGGCCGUUAAACCUUUUGCUUUGCUGAGAAUGUAUGAGAAGACAAGGUGCGGUAUUGUUGUUGUGAGACGUAGUAACUUGAUGCGGUGGUGGUACUUAGUGUUGUGGUCUAUGCAUUGCAACGUUUUUUUU